AUCACCUCACACCUAACUAAACUCAAAUCAUUAUAUAAUGACGUAGAGAGAGCAUUUCUUUCCUCUUCGUGCUUUUUCUCACUUUUUUUGACUGCAACGGAGAGAAUGGGGAAUUGGGACUCGAGCUCUCUUCUUCUGCUGUUGGUAGCUGCAGCUUUUUGCGGUGUUAAUGGAGCAGAGGAGGAGUAUAUCUCUGCUGUUGGGGAUCCGGGGAUGAAGAGAGAUGGGCUGAGAGUUGCUCUUGAGGCCUGGAACUUCUGCAAUGAGGUGGGCCAUGAGGUUCCGGGGAUGGGAAGCCCAAGAGUUGCUGAUUGCUUUGAUGUUGAGCGGAUCCCCGAUCCUUCAGAUAAAGGUGAAGAUGAAGAUGACGAUGACAUAUGCGAUGCAAAUUACAAGAUUAUCCACAGAGUAAGAGAAGUGGAUAACAAGCUAGGUACCAACGAUCCUCUAAGUGCAGACACCUACGCAGUUCAGAAGGAGUUGUAUUUAGGCCAAAAAUGUGAAGUUACAGAUGAUGAUCCUAAACAUCCAUGGCAAUUUUGGAUGAUCAUGCUCAAGAAUGGGAACAUGGACACCUCAGCGGGUCUCUGCCCGAAGGAUGGCAAGAAAGUGGGCCCCUUUCCACCGGAAUCAAGAUUCCCGUGCUUCUCUCCGGGGCAUUGCAUGAAUCAACCUUUGAUAUAUCAUAACUACACUGAUAUUGAGGAUGAUUCAACGAUGAGGGGGGGUUUUUAUGGAACUUGGGAUCUAGAUGCUGAUUUGUCGAAGGGUUUGAACAAUGUCUCGUAUUAUUCGGUAACUUGGGAGAAGGAGGUUGGUGAAGGUGGAUGGAAGUUUCAUCAUGUGCUCAAGACUUCUCAUAGGUAUCCGUGGCUUAUGUUGUAUUUGAGGUCAGAUGCUACAAAGGGAUUAUCUGGAGGGUAUCAUUAUCCUACAAGGGGGAUGUCGAAGAUCAUUCCACAAUCUCCCAACUUCAAAGUUCGACUAACCCUAGACAUAAAAAAGGGGGGAGGCCCAAAAAGCCAAUUCUACCUAAUGGACAUGGGCAGCUGCUGGAAAAACAACGGUUCACCCUGCGACGGGGAUGUAACCUCCGACGUCACCCGAUAUAGCGAAAUGAUCAUAAACCCAGAAACGGAAUCUUGGUGCAGCCCUUCAAAGCUCGAUGGCUGCCCACCCUUCCACACUUUCGCCAAUGGGACCCGAGUGCAUCGAAAUGAUACUAGAAACUACCCUUAUGGUGCGUAUCAUAUGCAUUGCUUCCCGGGGAAUGCGCAGUAUGCUGAGGAGCCGUUCAAUAUUUGUGAUCAGUAUAGUAAUCCUCAGCCUCAGGAAAUUCUUCAGAUAUUGCCUCAUCCUGUUUGGGGGGAGUAUGGGUAUCCGACGAAGAAGGGUGAAGGGUGGGUUGGAGAUGCGAGGACUUGGGAGCUUGAUGUUGGUGGGAUGUCGCACAAUCUCUAUUUCUAUCAGGAUCCUGGCACGGCUCCAACGAAGAGAAGUUGGCCUUCCCUCGACGUUGGCACGGAGAUUUAUAUUAGCAACGUGGAUGAAGUGGCUGAAUGGACAGUCAGCGAUUUCGACAUCUUAAUCCCAAAGGUUAAACCUGGAUAUAUUUAAACUACACCUAUAGAGAGAUGAGAUUCAUUUCCAGAAGCUGAAUUCUUUUUUUUUUUUUCACCUUUAAGGCCAAUCAAGAUAGGAACUAAUCUUUCUGUAGAAAAUAUCAGGCUUCGGCAUAAUCAGCUCAUUUAUGCCUCUCCUUGGUCAAGAAAUGUUAUUUAUCAAGUUUUUCCGCCUUUUUUCUA